AUGUCGGCAGGUGCAGGUGACCGAGCCUACUCAUUCUCUUUGACGACGUUCUCGCCGUCGGGCAAGCUUGUGCAGAUCGAGCAUGCGCUUGCUGCCGUGUCACAAGGUGCGACCUCUUUGGGCAUCAAGGCUUCCAAUGCGAUCGUGAUUGCUACCGAGAAGCGGGCACCUUCGCCACUCGUGGACGACUCGGCGCUGGAACGCAUCAGCAUCAUCUGCCCCAACAUUGGCAUGGUGUAUUCUGGCAUGGGACCCGACUUCCGCGUGCUCGUCUCGUCGGCUCGCAAAGCGGCACAGACGUAUUGGAAGACGUUUGGCGAGUACCCGCCCACGCGCGUGCUCGUGCAGGAGAUCGCCACACUCAUGCAACAAGCUACGCAGCGCGGAGGUGUCCGUCCCUUUGGGGUUUCUCUCCUUGUGGCGGGCUUUGACAGUGCACGUGGUCCAAGUCUGUACCAGGUGGACCCAAGUGGCAGCUACUUCAUGUGGAAGGCGUCGGCGAUCGGCAAGAACAUGCAGAACGCAAAGACGUUCCUCGAAAAGCGCUACAACGACGACAUUUCGCAGGAAGACGCCAUCCACACCGCGCUCCUCACGCUCAAGGAGGGCUUCGAGGGCCAAAUGACCGAAAAGACCAUCGAGAUCGGCGUCAUCUCGGCAACCCACACAAAGGCACUCGGCAACGGAGACCACGGCGACCCCAUCCCCGUGUUCAGAAAACUCUCCGAGUCCGAGGUCAAGGACUACCUCGCACUCUAG